AUGGCGAAUAAGACGUUCAUCGUCACCGGUGCUUAUGGUGGUAUAGGAAAAGCAAUAUGUAAAAUUUUAGCCGAAGAUCACAACAAUAAAAUACUUCUAACUGGACGCAAUCAAAUAGAAUUAAAUGCAGCUGUUGAACAAAUUAAAACAAUAACAAACAAUAAAUCAAUCCAAGGUUACGUUGUUGACUUUUCAUCAAAAGAAUCUAUCGAAAAUUUUGCUUUACAAUUUAAAGAUGAGCCUGUUCAUGUAUUAAUUAAUAAUCAUGCAACUGGACCAAAGAAACGUGAAGUAACUAAACAUGGCAUUGAAGUACAAUUUGCAACUAACGUUCUCGGUUAUGUAUGGAUGACCAAUGCAUUUGAAAAUAAUCUAAAAAAAGCUGCGCCUGGUGCACGUAUUGUUAAUGUUGCAAGUUACUGGGCUGGUGGUCUUGAUAUAAAUGAUCUUGAAUUUAAAAGGCGGCCUUACACAACCGAUGAUGCCUAUCAACAAGCUAAACAAGCAAAUAGAAUGUUAACAUUAGCAUAUGCAGAGAAAUUUCUUCACGAUGGAAUAACAGUGAAUGCUUGUCAUCCGGGAGAUUCAAAUACAAAAUUAAGUAAUUCAAUGGGUUUUGGUGGUCAUGAAACACCUGAGAAAAGUGCACAAACACCCGUUUAUUUAGCAAUAUCAAAAGACGUAGCUCAUAUAACUGGCAAAUAUUUUCGUGACUGUCGUGUUCAAGAUGAUCCUUUUAUGAAAGAUAGAGAACUAAUUAAAAAACUAUAUGAAACUUGUCAAAAUUAUUGA